UCAUCCUCUAAUCCUUUUAUCCCUGUCAGUUUGACAGAGGAGACUCUUCUGGAGGAGACCGCCGGACUCCCCACUCCUGUCCUCCGUUUGCUCCUCUUCUCCCCACAGGCUUAGGGACUACAGGCUUCAUCUGCGUGUUUAUGGGGGGUCUCUCCUGGGGUCUCGGGUGAGGAGUUUGGGGGGCUGCAGGUGGAUUUAGGCCGCGUGAACCAAGGUGACGGAUUAUCAGCUGACAGACUUGUGGGUUUUCAGAGAUGGGAGGUUUUUAGCUCCAGUUCACUGCACCGUCUGGUUCCAUUACCCCCCAAGAACCCACUGAGACAGAACCUCAUCCGUCAAAGUCAACCCUUCCUGACAGGAGGCAGCUGGAGGAGACACUCUGUCCACAGAGAGACAGCUGGAAGAACGGUGUGUCCAUGGCUAAAGUGGCUCCAGUGGACCCCCGUUGUGUCAGGGAGCGGCCACCCCCUACCAUUGUUCUACAGGACAUGGAGGACUCUGGGGAAGGAGUGAGAGUCGGCCGGAGAGCUGGACCCGGAUCUCUGUUCAACGUCAACAACAGCAACAACAACGAGGAAGACGAGGAGGAAAAAAAGAGGGAAAAAAAGGAGAAGAAAGCAAAAAAGGAGAAGAAGGAGAAGGACAAACAGGAGAAGAAGGAGAGGAAGGAGAAAAAACAGAAGGAAAAAGAGGAGAAGGAGAAGGAGAAGCAGAAGGCCAAAGAGAAGGAGGAGAAGGAGAAGAAGGCCAAGGAGGAGGCAGCCAAAGAGAUCACAGUCUUUGAUCCAGCUGGAAACAACUACUACCACUGGCUCUUCAUCAUCACCAUGCCCGUCAUGUACAACUGGACCCUCAUCAUAGCCAGGGCCUGUUUUGAAGAACUUCAGACCGACUAUCUGAUCCUAUGGUUCUUCCUGGACUUUGUCUCGGACAUCCUUUAUCUGCUAGAUAUGGUCUUCAGAACCAGAACCGGUUACCUGGAGCAGGGUUUGCUUGUGAAGGAUGAGAAGAAGCUGCGAGAGCGGUACAUGAUCAGCUUCCAGUUCAAGAUGGACAUGGUCUCCAUGAUCCCCACCGACAUAUUCUACCUGAUCCUGGGUGUCACCUAUCCAGAGAUCCGACUCAACAAACUCCUGCGCUUCAACAGGAUGAUGGAGUUCUUCCAGCGCACAGAGACCAGAACCAACUACCCAAACGCUCUUCGCAUCUCCAACCUGGUCAUGUACAUCCUGAUCAUCAUCCACUGGAAUGCAUGCCUCUACUACUCCUUCUCCAAAGCCAUUGGUUUCGGAGCUGACAGGUUCGUGUAUCCGGAUCCUGCAGACCCAGAGUUUGGUCGCCUGGUGAGGAAGUAUGCGUACAGCAUGUACUGGUCCACGCUGACUCUCACCACCAUUGGAGAAACCCCGCCCCCUGUGGAGAACUCUGAGUACUUCUUUGUUGUGACUGACUUCCUGGUGGGUGUGCUGAUUUUUGCCACCAUCGUCGGUAACGUCGGCUCAAUGAUCACCAACAUGAACGCGGCCAGAGCCGACUUCCAGGCUCGCAUCGACGCCAUCAAACAGUACAUGAGCUUCAGAAAGGUGACAAAGGACUUGGAGAAACGAGUCAUCAAGUGGUUCGACUUCCUGUGGACAAACAAGAAAGCGGUGGACGAGAGGGAAGUUCUGAAGUACCUGCCUGACAAGCUGAGAGCAGAGAUCGCCAUCAACGUCCACCUGGACACGCUAAAGAAGGUUCGGAUCUUUGCGGACUGUGAGGCCGGUCUGCUGGUGGAGCUGGUGCUGAAGCUGCAGCCACAGGUCUACAGUCCAGGAGACUACAUCUGCAAAAAGGGAGACAUCGGUAGAGAGAUGUACAUCAUCAAGGAGGGAAAGCUGGCGGUCGUGGCGGAUGACGGCGUCACGCAGUUUGUUGUUCUCAGUGAUGGAAGCUACUUUGGUGAGAUCAGCAUCCUGGCCAUCAAAGGCAGUAAGGCAGGAAACAGGAGGACGGCCAACAUCAGAAGCAUCGGGUACUCUGACCUCUUCUGUCUGUCCAAGGACGACCUGAUGGAGGCGCUAACAGAGUAUCCGGACGCCAAAGCCCUGCUGGAGGAGAAGGGAAGGCAGAUUCUGAUGAAGGACGGGCUGCUGGACCUGGAGGUGGCGGCCCAGGGCCCCGACCCCAAAGAGAUCGAGGAGAAGGUUGACCGCAUGACCAGCACGCUCGACGCCCUGCAGACCCGAUACGCCCGGCUGCUGGCGGAGAACGAGGCCACUCAAAGCAAAAUCAAACACCGGGUCACACGGCUGGAGAGAAAGCUAGCCCCGCCUCCACGACCUGACCUCCCUGGGGAUGCCCCGCCCCCUCCAACCCCUGAGACCGCUAAAGAGGAAGAGAAGAAAUAGGUGGAAGAUGAGGAGGAGCAGGAGGACUGAGAAGAAUCAGCAGGGCAGUCCUGAAGGACUGUAGGCAGGAGCUGAAGUUUGUUAUCCUGAAACACGUUUAGGGUUGGGAUCAGGUUUCCGUUAACCGUUUCACGUCUGGACUAGAUUUUCAGAGAAAGCCCUGACAGCCUGCUGGGAGGACGUUCACUGUCAGACAAGAACAACUGGAGAAGAACUGAGGUCCAGGAAGAACUUUACUCCGGAUGACAAGAGCACUAGAGGACUUCUGGAGGCGUGAUGUAGCAUUGUUGUCAUGUCGUAAAACACUGUAACAUACGUGAAGCAUGUAUGGAUUAGCUGUCUCAGUCCUGCAGAUGUGGUCUCUCUGUAGUUUUCACUUUGCAGCAUUGUUUUUAUCUAAACGCUCCACUGAAGGUCUGGGUUUGUCCAAACCUAAAGAUCGUGUUUGUGUUUCUGUGUCCAAUCGAUCGUAAAGCUUUACACACAUCCUGCAGAACGCUUUCUAUCCCCACAUUCACUCACAUGUUGGAGGAAACAUCAAAGAAAUCUGUCUUUAAACCACCGUUCAACCCUUUAUGCAAAUCAUGACGUUCCUACGGAUUCUGAAGUGGAGGAAAGCAGCUUUGUGCUGAUGUGCAUCACCUUUUCUCCAGGUCAGAAUCUGUAAUAAUGACAUUAAUUGUGUAAAUGAUCACAGAGUUAAAGAACUUCAGAGAAUGCAGUUAUGUUGCAGCUGUUGGCAACAAGGUUAAAGCACAACUUUAUCACUUACCCAACUCCCAAUGGUAACCCUUGUUCUAUCCUAGGCACUUUAACAUUGGGAGGUGGGUCAUCUAGACCCACUAGACAGAGCUCUGAACCUUUUUUCUUCAAUGAUUUGUGAUCUUCACUGGUGUCCAUGGAUUCCAUGAAAUCUUUCCACCUUUAUCCACCUUUGUCAUGGUAGGGAGAACACCUCAAUGGAAGGGGGGGGUCAUCUAAGAUAGCACAAGGGUUAAACAGAUCAUUGGACACAGAACCACAGCGGUUCAUGCUAACUAUGACUCUGCUGUAAAUUUGCUUGUAACCAGAAAUUCUGUAGAAAUAAAGACAUUUUAUAAGAAA